UUUCUAAGUUUCUUCGCUUAUUUAAUCACAAGUCAAUACAUUCCAGCUGCAAUAGUUAUCCAAAAUGAAGGCGACAGUAGCUAACAGCGUUGUUGCAUUGGUUUUGUAUGCCAUCCUCGAUUGUUUACAACUGGUGAGCGCCCAAACAUAUUAUCUGUGCAAUGGAGUUUACUACACUUACGCCUAUCCCGGCUGCACCUAUUCCACAACAUCGACCAGCACGGCAACCCAGUACCUGUGCAACGGAGUCCUGUACACCUAUCCGUUCUCUGGCUGCACCUAUCCUACAACAAGCACCACCUCCACAGUGCAGUUUGUCUGCAACGGAGUAACUUCAACAACUCCAAACACCCUGUGUACAUAUCCGAAUGCGCCCGUCAACAAUGUCUACACCGGCGUCCUCACUAGCGGCACCACCGGUACAACCACCGCCUACGUCUGCAAUAACAUUAUCACCACCACCCCGAGUGCCGCUUGCUACUUCCUGACACCGCCCGUCAACGGUCUCUCCACCGGUACACCGACGACGAACACCCCAGGUGCCACGUUCACCUGUAACGGUGCUACCACGACGACGCCCAACCCGGCUUGUAUCUACCAGACAACACCGACCGGUACGGUGUAUAACGGCUUCCUAACGGCCGGUGUACAGUACCAAUGCGGCGGCACAACAUCAGCCACUUACAACCCAGCAUGUACCUACAACACUGCUCCGAAUAACAACAUUUUGGUCGGCACUCUCGGCAAUAACCAACCGACAUACACCUUUUUGUGCAACGGGCAGACGACCACUACCUACAACUCCUUAUGUACUUAUCCCAAUGCAGCCGUCAACAACCAGUUCACCGGGGUCACCGCUACCGGAACUACCACAAGCACCGUGCAGUUUUCGUGUAACGGAGCAAUUUCGACACUGCCUAAUCCGGCGUGUCAGUAUUUGACAGCAGCGGUUAACAAUGUAUUCUAUGGAACCACUACGACCACCACAAGCACCACCGGAACACAGUAUCUGUGCAACGGUGUCCUUUACAGCUAUGCUUAUUCGGGAUGCACCUAUCCGACAACCACCACCAGCACCACUGGAACGCAAUAUUUAUGCAAUGGCAUCCUCUACAGCUAUGCUUAUCCUGGAUGCACAUACUCAGGAUUGACAGGAUAAAGCAUUUCCUGAGGAUUACCCAGACUCUCACAAGGAACCCUUUCAAUUUCCUGCUCAUAGUAUUUAGUAUUUUCCAGUCAACUAGCAAUAACUUUGCUUGUGUACAAAAUGUAUGUCUUACUGCAUGCAACCGAAAUCGCCACUGUGUAACAUAUAUUGUAAAAAUGUACAAAUAUACGUAUCUGUGUGCUAUACAGUAGACUGGAAACACCCCUUGCAUGCCCUACAUCUGCGAUAAUCAAUUUUGCCAGUCUUCUGUUCAAUAUUUUUCGCUUACCUCGUGCAUAAUUUGCGAACUGGUCCGCUGCAUCUCAAUUUCGCCAAUUAAGGAAUAUAUAACUCCGAGAUGA